AAAUCUAACAUUUAUAGAUAGAUAGAUAGAUAUAUAAAGAAAUCCGUUUAGCCCAGCCUCUCAGCUUUACACAUGCUCAGUCUCUAGUCCCACCUACUGAGAGAAUACAAAGAGACUAUACAUCUUCUGGUGGCUAGACAUCUCCUGUCAGAGCAAAGGGAUCCAAACCUCAUUAACCCAUUAUUGGACUUUAUUUAAUUGCCGUUUGCUGGAGCUCCCCAGGCCUGUUUCACCUUGAUUUCCAUCACCCAGGCUUUCUUCGUUGAACAUAAUCGGUACAAUUAAAGAAGAUCCCAUCUCUGGACUAGAUAUUUUAUAAUGCCUUUUAAAAGUGGUUUAGAAUUAACGGAGUUGCAGAACAUGAACACGCCUGAGGACGACAAUGUUAGUAAUGAUUCUAACGAGCUGAUAGAGGUUGACAGCAACAGAAUCAGCAGCAAGUUUAUUGCCGACCGUGAAAGCAGAAGGAGCCUUACAAACAGUCAUCUGGAAAAAAAGAAAUGCGAUGAUUAUAGCCCUGGGACAACCUCAGUGGGGAUGUCAAUCUUUAAUCUCAGUAAUGCCAUUAUGGGAAGUGGGAUUCUUGGUCUGGCCUUUGCUUUGGCAAACACAGGACUUGUUCUCUUUGUGUUGCUAUUAGUAUCUGUUACGCUAUUAUCGGUCUAUUCUAUAAACCUUCUACUUAAAUGUUCACAGGAAACAGGCUGCAUGGUAUAUGAAAAGCUAGGAAAGGAGGUUUUCGGAACUCCGGGUCAAUUAUUAGUUUUUGGAUCAACAACUCUUCAAAACACUGGAGCAAUGUUGAGCUACCUAUUCAUAGUGAAGAAUGAGUUGCCCAUAGUCGUUAAAUUCCUUGUAGGGCAAGAAAAUUCUGAGGAAUGGUAUCUCGAUGGGCGCUUUCUCGUCGUCAUUGUAACAAUCCUUAUAAUUUUUCCAUUGUGUCUUUUGAAGAAUUUAGGUUAUUUGGGCUACACCAGUGGAUUUUCGCUGUGUUGCAUGUUUUUUUUCCUUGUCGUGGUGAUCUACAACAAAUUUAAAAUAGAAUGUCCAUUUCUUCACACAAAUGGAACGUUGGAUUCUGCAACUGAAAAAUGUAAACCGGAAUAUUACACGUUCAACUCGAAGACAGUUUAUGCAUUGCCAACGCUAGCAUUUGCAUUUGUGUGUCACCCGUCCGUCCUUCCUAUAUACAGCGAACUUAGAGACCGCUCCCAGAAAAAAAUGCAGUUGGUGUCCCAUAUCUCCUUCUUCGCUAUGUUUGUUAUGUAUCUGUUGACUGCAGUAUUUGGUUAUCUGACGUUUUUUAGCAACGUGCAGUCUGAGCUGCUUCACACGUAUGAAGAUAAAAAGGAUAUUCUAAUCCUGACGGUGCGCUUGGCUGUGAUUGUUGCAGUUAUACUUACAGUACCGGUGUUGUUUUUCACUGUUCGUUCUUCUUUAUUUGAGAUGGCACGGAAGACAAAGUACAACCUUUUGCAGCAUCUAGUAGUAACAAUAGUGCUACUAAUUGUAAUUAAUUUGCUGGUCAUCUUUAUACCAUCGAUAAAGGAUAUCUUUGCUGUAGUGGGUGUAACCUCCGCCAAUAUGCUGAUAUUCAUUCUACCGUCAUCGUUGUAUUUAAAACUUACAAAAGGCACAGAGGGCCUAUUCAAAGAAAGGUUGUGGGCGGGCGCCUUCCUGGCAUUAGGAGUAUUGUUUUCCUUAAUAAGCAUUCCUCUUGUCAUCUACGAUUGGGUGAAUUAAGAUCCCUUACAGGGUAAAGAUUGAACAGCUUCAGGCUGCGUAAACUCAACGAAAACACAACUU